AUGCAAGUGAAAACCCUUUGUAAAAAAAUUGAAGCGCUUGUAACUUUGCGUGGAAGACAUGGUUAUCCCAACGCGAAGACUAUGAUUUUAAAUUAUUAUGGUUACAAGUAUGCGGGACGGACACCGAAGGGACCAAUUGCUGUAGCUGUAAAUAUAUCCCUACGACAUGAUUGCGUAUGCGUAAACGUGCGCGUGUAUGGUUUGCAUGCGAAGUUGAGAAAAACUAUAGAGGCUGUUGUUCGACAUUUUUUGCGUGCACGCGACAUAGAUGCUGUGCAAACAUUUUGGAUUAGUAGUCACGGGAUAGCUGUUAAUCAGAAUAUAUUAAACGAAAUAGAUGAGAUUGUAAAAGAUUUAUAA